CUAGACUUCGCACCAUCGGACUCGCAACAGCUCGCUCAUCAACUCUCGUCAAGAUGUCGCAUCCUACUUAUGAUCCCAAGAACAUGAUCUUCCAGCGUCUGGGUGACUCUGGUCUGCGAGUGAGCAAGUUUUCCCUCGGUGGUUGGCUCACGUACGGCGGAACAGUCGACACGGCCAAAACCAAGGAGAUUCUCAAGGUCGCUUUUGAAAAUGGCAUCAGCACCUUUGAUACCGCAGAAGUGUACAGCGGUGGCGAAUGCGAGAUCGCCAUGGGACAAGCGGUCAAGGAGCUCGGCUGGAGGAGAUCGGACGUUGUACUCAUCACCAAGAUCUUCUUUGGCACCGGAAGCAAGGAUCCCAACGGCAGGGGCCUCUCCAGAAAGCACUUGGUGGAAGGCACAGAUGCGUCGUUGGAGCGCGCUGGCCUCAAGUACUGGGAUGUCAUAAUGGCACAUCGACCUGACGUCAGCGUUCCCAUGCACGAGAUUGUGCGAGGCUUUAAUCAUCUCAUCGAUACGGGAAGAUGCUUCUACUGGGGAACCAGCGAGUGGACAGCGCAGCAGAUUGAGGAAGCGCAUGGCGUGGCGGACAAGUUGGGCUUGAUUCCUCCUGUGGCCGACCAAGCCAAGUAUUCCGCUCUGCAUCGCGAAAAGAUCGAAAAGGAGUAUGCCCCACUGUACAAAAAGUACGGCUAUGGUUUGACCACUUGGUCGCCGCUCGAGAGCGGUCUUUUGACCGGCAAGUACAACGACAUUGCACAGGGCAAGAUUCCCGACGGUUCUCGCUACCAGACCAAGGCGGACACCUUCACAGACACCAUUGCCAAGCUCAAGACUCCAGAGGGUCAGGCAAAGAUUGAAAAGGUCAAGGGAUUGACAAAGAUUGCCGAGUCUCUGGGCACCAGCGUCGCCAUCUUGUCGCUUGCUUGGGCUGCCAGCAACCCGAAUGUUUCGACGGUCAUUCUUGGCGCCUCGAAAACUGAACAGGUGCUCGAGAACCUCAAGGCUCUCGACAUUCUGCCUAAGCUCACCCCUGAGGUGCACGAGCAGAUCGAAAAGGUGUUGGCUAACAAGCCAGAGCCGGAUGCCACAUACGGUCGCGCACCCAGGGACACGUUGGCCAGGCGUCGUGCCCGCUUGUGAUUGCGAGGUACGCGGUGGUCUGAAACAAGUAGCGCGCUACGCGAAUGCAAUGUGUAUUCUGUCCAGGCG